CGCUUCAGCGCUCGACCAACCGAGUUAUAAAACCCGCUCUACAAAAGCGCUCGCGGGCACAGCGCGCUAGUAACAGUUUAGCGGAUUGGUCAGCGAACACUCUCAGUGGUUAACACGGACCACCCCUCUACUUAUUAAAAAGCUAUCGGAACUAGAAAAAGGAUAUUCAGUGGAUGGACCGGCAAAACUUUUAGCACAAUUUAAGCAAAAUUCCUUUUGUGUGAAGAGAGAAAUAAAUUAAAUGUUUGGAAAUUAACAGAGGAAAAAAAAAAAAAAAAAGAAAGAAAAAAGAAAAGAAAGAAAAACUGUUUUCUCCCCCUUCCCAGAAAUUGCUUCUUUUCCUUCCCCCUGUCUUUUAUUUCCCUCCUGUUUUCGAUAUUGUCCGUGGUUUUUGCCACGAGCCGCGAGCGUGCCAAAUAGAUUUUGUAUUUAUUUAUUUAUUUGUUUACUUGUUCGCGCUGAACUGGCGACGUGUUGUUCUGCUGCGGUUAUUGCGCUGUGAGCGCUUCGGUUUCUGUGCGCGAGAUGACAAAGUUGGCGAUUUUUGUUUUAUUGACUUUGACGACUCUAUCUGGGACAUACGGCAGCGGUUUGAAUGGAGGUUCUCCAGUUUACUGUGAGAAAGAAGGAGUUGAGGUUGAAGUUCCUUGGAUUUCUACAGAUCCAUGUAUAAGUUGUAAAUGUCAAGCUAACAAGCAAGUCAAAUGCGAUAGAGAGAUAUGUCCUAAUCGGAAAUAUUGUUACUUGGUGUUAUUCGGUCAAGAGAAGAAAUCGUGUUGUGACAUGUGCAAAGGCUGCAAUUAUAAAGGCAAAAACUAUGAAAACGAAGAAGAAUGGACGGAUGAAGAGGACCCAUGCAAGAAAUUGUCAUGUCAGGGUGGAGUGGUAACAGAAACUAAGGUGCAAUGCUUUGCUUCUUGUAGAAAUAGAAAAUCCAUUGCCACCAGAACCCGGAAGUUGUUGCCCGACAUGUCCAGUGCAAUUACUCGAGCAUUUUAUUAUCAGAGAAAAAAGCAAAAUGGUCCACAGGCUGAGGAGCUGCUGAUACAUUUGUUUCGUGGUUGUCAAGAAACAUUUUUCAUCUACAUAACUGAAGAGCGGCUGCCACCCCCUGAUUUUUAUCAUAUAGUCUAUUCUCCAGACAGAUCACCAAAUCUUCCAGUUUCAAAUUUAUCUGAUAUUAAAUUACCUUAA